UUUUUUAAAGUACAGCCAAGGGAAACGGUGGCAGAUAAAGGGGAUAAAAAGCGCGCUGUGGCUCCUUUUCCUGCAGCAGUUCGAGUUGGGGGAACAGUGCAUUCUUUUGGGUUCGGGAAACACUAGCUAAAACCCGUCCCAGUUAGCGAAAACAUCACCCAGGGGCUGCGCCCAAAAUUAUCUACCCGAAAAGGAAAAAUUCCCCUUAACAAGGGCAUCUGCCUCGCUCUCCAGCCGCCAGCAUGAUGAAGGACUGUCUGCAGUUUCUUAUCGAGCCGGCCAAAAAGCUCAAGAUCCAACUCAAGGAGUCUCGUAAGCGAGUGAAACUCGAGAAGAAGGAGCCGCUGUUGGAGAGUCAGUUAUUUAUCAUGGAAUUGGCCCGAGAGCUCAACAAAAUAUGCCAGAGGUCAAACAUCCUCGGCCACAUCUGGACCAGUGAGGACACUUGGCCGGCCAGUGUGUGUCGGGAUUUUAUUGUGGAAUGGGCUGCUGUGUUGGAGACCAGAGUACAGCCGAGGUACAUCCUGUCUGAAUACCAGCGGGAGAAACCAGAGAAGAAAGACUGGAAGGGACACCUCCUCUGCAUGCUGGAAGCAGGGGGGGAGUGCGACAUGGGACCCCACAAAAGAGUCAUCAUGGACUGGACCUGGGAGAUAAAAAGCAGACCUCAGCCCACCGUCUGGCCAGGUGAGCCCGUGCUCAUGAUGCUAGAUGACCUGGAGUUCCAGUGGAAGAGGGGCCGUCUCCCCAACCUGCUCCCAGCCAUGGAGCUCGUCAUGCUGGCUGUGAUGAACGCGGACAGCCUGGUCAAGGAGGACGUGACUAAACAGUGGCUGGUGAGAAAGCAGAGGAGCCAGAAUAUUGACGCUGUCCGCUACAUCCCCCACAGCGUGUGGAAUUGGAUUUGCGAUGCUGCAGAGGAAGUCACUCUGGACUCAGACUCAGCCCACCCAGACCUGCUCAUCUCCAGCGAUCAUAAGCGCAUGCGGUGCGGCCUGAAGCGUCGGGAAGUCCCGCGGUGCCAGCGGCGCUUCGACGGCUGGUGGUGCGCCGUGGCCCAGGAGGGCUACACCUCCGGACGCCACUACUGGGAGGUGGAGGUUGGGGAGCAGGACUGGCGGCUAGGUGUGGCCAAGGCAUCUGGGGCGAGGCAGGGCUUCCGCUCGCUCACCACAGCUAGAGGCUACCUGACCCUCCGUCUGGAAAGGGGCACAGAUCUGAAAGCCCUGACGGUGCCCGCCACCCCGCUGACACAGAGCCUGGUACCCAGGAAAGUAGGAGUGUACCUGGACUAUGAGCAGGGCCAGCUGUCGUUCUACGAUGUGGAGAAGCGCUCCCACCUGUACACCUACAACGAGAAGUUCACAGAGGAACUGUUCCCCGUGUUUGGGACUGUGGAGUCCAUCAAAGACCUGGCGAUAAGGCCUGCAGGUGUCAGACAGCCGUGCCUCUGCCCCGGGCCCUGCCUCUGGAAUUGAACUGCUUAACACACAUCAGUCACUCCUCAGUCCUGACCCUCAGCAGCACAGAGUCUGUGAUUUAAUUCUGGUUUGUG